AUGAAUUGCCAAAUUGCUGAAGCGAUUGUUACUUUCCGGGAUGGACGAACGCAUCAGCUAGACAAUGUUUUCGUUCGUGGAAACAAGAUUCGUUUUAUGAUUUUGCCGGACAUGCUCAAAAACGCCCCAAUGUUCAAAAAUAUCGGACGUGCUCAAAAGGGAGCCAUUGGUAUGGGUCUCGGAGGUGUCGAGGUGCGCGGGCGUGGUCGCGGAACGGCUUUCCGAAGGCCGACUGGUCGCGGCGGUCCGAUGGGAGCUCCUAGAGGUGUCGCAAAACCUGGAGGCGCGCCGCCAGCAUUCCGUGGAUUAAGCAUGAUCAAGCUUAUGCAGUCUUGGUAUGUAUUAUCUUGGAAAAAGGCAGUUUUCCAAUUUCAGGAUAGAUCUUUCCUAUUCUCCAGAGCUGAUCGAUGUAGCCUCAGGUAUUUGAAAGGAAUCGAAGAUGAUGGAAAAUUUCUUAGACUACUCCCGGCAAUCACUGAACGAUGCGCGGUGAGCCAGUACUUCAAGCUCGAGCCCGUCGCCGAUCGAAUCUUCAACUCGUAUCCGCUUUUCAAAUCCCAUCUUGUUCAAUGCACAACAUUUUUGUUUUUCGGAACGUCGGAAAAUCUCAAAGUCGAGCUUGAAAUUCUGAAUUCCACCGAAUUUCAACUGAUUGGCUGCGAUCAUUUGAUCGUUGACACCAAACCGAUAAUAGGACUUGGAAACUAUCGAAAAGUGGAAAAAUUGGAGUUUCGAGUGUUGCGCGAGAUUCUCAUCGAAUUCGAGUCAUCGUCGAAUCUUGUUUUUGAGCAUUUAAUUGUUGAGACGAUGACGGAUAUUGAAAUUUUCUUCGAAAAACUUGUUGAGCUUCGCGACGAGUUUCGCGUUUUUCCGUGCCAAAUCACAAUGAAGUUGCCGAAAUCGAAAAUUGGCGAAAUCGCGCGAUUUGCGAGACGCCUGUUGAAAACGGACCCCUAUACUAUAAUGCAUGUGAAGAAUGAGAAAGAUGGGUUCGCAGGUCUGUCCGCGUCGAGAAUGUCGCCGAAAAUUCAAGGAGGAGAUGUCGUUGAGAUGCAAGGAGAUGAGAUGACCAGAAUCAUCUGGGAUCUCAUCAAGGAGAAGCUCAUCUUGCCAUAUGUGGACUUGAACCUUCACUUCUUCGAUCUUGGAAUCGAGCAUCGCGACGCCACCAACGAUCAGGUGACGAUCGACGCCGCCAACGCCACCCUCAAGUACAACGUGGCUGUCAAGUGCGCCACAAUUACGCCGGAUGAGGCACGCGUCGAGGAGUUCAAACUCAAAAAGAUGUGGAAGUCGCCAAACGGCACCAUCCGCAACAUUCUCGGCGGCACCGUGUUCCGCGAGCCGAUCAUUGUGAAGAACGUGCCGAGACUCGUGAACACGUGGACGAAGCCGAUCAUUCUUGGUAGACACGCGCACGCCGAUCAAUACAAGGCGACGGAUUUCGUUGUGCCGAGCGCCGGCAAACUCGAGAUCAAAUUCGUCUCGGCUGACGGCGCCACCACCAUCCAGGAGACCGUCUACGACUUCAAGGGACCCGGAGUCUCGUUGUCGAUGUACAACACCGACGAGUCGAUUCGCGAUUUCGCGCAUGCGUCGUUCAAGUAUGCGCUUCAACGCAAAUAUCCGCUCUAUCUCUCCACGAAGAACACAAUUUUGAAGAAGUACGACGGACGAUUCAAGGACAUCUUCGCCGAGAUCUAUCCACAAUACGAGGCCGAGUUCAAGGCCGCCGGAAUAUGGUACGAGCAUCGUCUUAUCGACGACAUGGUCGCUCAGGCAAUGAAGAGCGAUGGUGGAUUCGUGUGGGCUUGCAAGAACUACGAUGGUGAUGUCCAGUCGGACUCUGUUGCUCAAGGCUACGGAUCCCUUGGACUCAUGACCUCGGUGUUGGUCUGCCCCGACGGAAAGACUGUUGAGGCUGAAGCCGCCCAUGGAACCGUCACCCGCCAUUACAGACAACACCAAAAGGGACAGGAGACAUCGACCAAUCCAAUUGCAUCGAUCUUCGCCUGGACUCGCGGUCUUGCUCACCGCGCCAAACUUGACAACAACGCGGCUCUCGCGAAAUUCGCUGAGAACCUCGAGGCGACCUGCAUCGAGACGAUGGAAGCCGGAUUCCUCACCAAGGAUCUCGCCAUUUGCAUCAAGGGACUCGCCAAUGUCACCCGCUCUGAUUACCUCAACACUUUCGAGUUUUUGGACAAGCUUGCCGAGAAUUUGGCGAAGAAGCAACAAUCGCAGUAG